AUUCAUAGGUGCAACCAUGCUGCUGCGCGUAUCGUUUUUCUGAGGCACCCCCUCCAGUCCCUUGCUCAGCAAGUAGCCUCUUCGAUCGUCUUGUCUUUUGCUCUCAUCUGUACAACAAUUUGUUCUUCAAUUCAUUGUCCGGGUGGGCUUCUGCAUGUCAUUCCAUAUCUCUCAUUUUACCUUCAUCGAAAUAGAUUUUUUUUAAAUUCCAAAACCAUGGAUAUUGGCCAAAUAAUGUCCGCAGUCAACGGGGAGUCCCACUCAGACAAUGAAAAUGAUCUAGUGAAGGAGCUAUUCGCCAAAUUCAAUAAUCCAACAACUCGCGCAGAACGACCAGUACAACCGAAAUCCGAACCCCUGGUUGUCGAGAUUCCGAGCGUUUCAGCCGAUGACCUCACACAGUAUGAGUACCUUCCAGGUCAUUUCGAUGUCCGCUAUGUCAUAAGUGAGAAUUCCGAGGCCGAUGCUGGGCUGAGCUAUCAAGUGAGGCUGCAAAGUGGCGAGACUGAAAUGAUGUCCUUCGCGCACCUUCAGUCGCUUCAAAACGGACCCGAGGCUCUGUCGAAUUUCCUCAACUACGGACCGGAUCACUAUAUCUCCUCUCGAUCGGCCCCAGCUAGCUCUUCAGAAGAGCAUUCACCCUCCUUUGAUUCAGACGCUCCCAAUAUGAGGCGCUCCCGACGGUCUGCACGUGGUCGACAAUCUGGGUUUACGGCAUUCUUCGAGGUCUUUAGCAGUGACGAUGAUACCCGUCGCAAGAGAAGGAAGGGGACGCCUUCAAGCGAGGAUAUAAUUGCUUCGGCUGGGGCUACUUCUAAGGGACGCCGUGUGUUGCGACGCCGUACGAAGGGUAUGCGCUCGGUUAUCUCGGAGUCCGAGGAGGAAAGCGACUAUAGUGCACCGAAAGGCACACGGUUUUCGACUAGAACACGGAAAAGCACGAGGAGAAAUCUGCGUGAAAGAAACGAGGACGACAUCUCUGAGAACGAGGAUACGCCUAGAACACAGAAGUUCUUUGGAGCCAAGGAAGUCUUUCGCAAGAUCCCAGAGCAUGAUGCAUUUCGCCAGCGUCACCGGAAUGCGUGCGAAGUCUGUCAUAUUAUUGGAGACGAUUAUGCAAAAGGGCCUCUCGUGUUCUGUCAAGGAUGUACGAGUGCCUAUCACCAAGCAUGUCUAGGCCCACGGUCUGCGCGAGAACAUCUUGUCACCAAGGUCGGAGAAGAGCUCUUCUUACUCCAAUGUCGGCGCUGUCUGGGGGUUUCGCACUCCAAGGACCCAGACAAUCCGCAUCAAGGCCGCUGCUCGAUCUGCAAUAUCAAAGGAAAUAUGUCCAAGCCAAUCCGGGAACGUCUGACCCCCAAACAAGAACAACAGCUCCGUCAGCAAAACGGAGGCAAAGAUCCCAUCACACCGUAUGAUGUAUCACGCGUCAAUGAUGUCGAUAAUGUACUUUUCCGCUGCACGACUUGCCACCGAGCUUUCCAUUUCGAUCACCUGUCUGAAAUCACACAUAUGACGUGGCAAUGUCAGUGCUGUUCUUCUGCACCUGGAGAAGUCGGUGCGAUAGUCGCAUGGCGCCCCGUUGACCCGAAAUCGGAUGCUGCGAAGGGGGCAGAUAAGGAAUACCUCAUUAAGUGGAAGAAUAAAUCGUACAAUCAUACCAGCUGGAUGCCGGGCAGUUGGGUUUGGGGCUUCGUGAACCAUAGUAUGCGACGGGCCUUUUUGAGAUCUGAUAAAAGCCUGGAACCGCGUAUGGCCACUGAGGAGGCCAUUCCGGAAGACUACUUGCUGGUGGAUAUUGUUUUUGAUGUCAGGUUUACCGGCUCGUCACCCGACGCUGGGAAUAAGCGGACCUUCGAAACAGACAUCGCACGGGUAGACGAUGUGGCCGAGAUGUAUGUUAAAUUCAAAGGUUUACCAUAUGAGGAUGUAUCCUGGGACACGCCCCCUGAUCGCAGCAACCCCGAACGGUGGGAAAGUUUCAGGGCCGCGUUCGAAGACUGGGUUAAACGAGAAUACACCCACAUACCCAACCAAGAGAACCUAAGACGGCGUAUUGCUCACGUCCGGAAGCAGAAUUUCAGCUCCAAUGUGGUCAAGAAGGGCCAGCCCGAGACGAUGAGUGGUGGAGAGAUCAUGGAUUACCAGAAGGACGGGCUGGACUGGCUCUAUUACAUGUGGUUCAAACAGCAGAACGCCAUAUUAGCUGAUGAAAUGGGUCUGGGCAAGACCAUCCAGGUCAUUGGCUUCCUCGCCACUCUUAUCCAAUACCAUAAAUGCUGGCCUUUCCUGGUCGUGGUGCCGAACUCCACGUGCCCGAAUUGGCGCAAGGAGAUCAAGUCGUGGGUUCCCUCCAUGCGGGUAGUCACAUACUAUGGAUCCGCCUUCUCCCGGAAGCUUGCACAAGAUUAUGAGAUGUUUGCGGAUGACGAUCCGAACCUUCGGUGUCAUGUCGUGGUGGCCUCCUAUGAGACCUUGGUCGAUGAUGCAUCCCGAAAGGUGCUGUCCAAAGUACCUUGGGCGGGUCUAAUCGUGGAUGAGGGUCAACGGCUGAAGAACGACAAGAGUCAGCUUUAUGAUGCCUUGUCGCGGAUCAAGUUCCCUUUCAAGAUUCUGUUGACCGGCACGCCUCUUCAGAAUAAUAUCAGAGAGCUCUUCAACCUCUUGCAAUUCUGCGACCCAUCCAAAAGGGCAGAUGAUCUAGAAAACGAGUAUGGAGAUCUAUCCCAGGAGAACAUCUUGGAGUUGCAUAACAUGAUCCGUCCAUUCUUUCUGAGACGGACCAAAGCCCAGGUCCUCACAUUCCUUCCUCCAGUUGCUCAGAUCAUCGUCCCGGUCUCGAUGUCGGUGGUCCAGAAGAAACUUUACAAAUCUAUUUUGGCCAAGAAUCCACAACUGAUCAAAGCGAUCUUCCAGAGGAAAGAAGGCACGCAAGCUCUGAAACAGACGGAAAAACAUAAUCUGAACAAUAUUAUGAUGCAAUUGCGAAAAUGCCUAUGUCAUCCUUUUGUCUACAGCAGGGCGAUCGAAGAGAAAACUGCCAACACUGCUGCAUCGCACCGGCAUUUGGUGGAUGCAGCCGGCAAGUUCCAGCUAUUGGAACUGAUACUACCAAAACUCAAAGGACGCGGCCACAGGGUUCUGAUCUUUAGCCAAUUCCUGGAGAAUUUGGAUAUCAUUGAAGACUUUCUGGAAGGUCUGGGGUUGUUGUAUCUUCGCCUGGACGGAAGAAUGACAUCGCUCGAGAAGCAGAAAACGAUCGAGGCAUACAACGCGCAAGACUCGCCGUACUUUGCGUUUCUCCUUUCCACUCGAUCGGGUGGCGUUGGAAUCAACCUGGCUACCGCCGACACGGUUAUCAUCAUGGACCCGGAUUUCAAUCCACACCAGGACAUGCAGGCAUUGUCCCGUGCCCAUCGUAUCGGACAAAAGAACAGGGUCCUUGUCUUCCAACUCAUGACCCGAGGAAGUGCCGAGGAGAAAAUCAUGCAAAUUGGCAAGAAGAAGAUGGUCCUUGACCAUGUGCUUAUUGACCGAAUGGUCUCGGAGGAAGACGACGGACGGGACCUCGAGUCUAUUCUACGGCACGGAGCCCAGGCCUUGUUCGACGACGAUGACUCGGGUGAUGUGCGCUAUGAUUCCGAUUCGGUGGAUAAGCUUCUUGACCGCAGUCAAGCCGAGCAGGCUAGAACACCUGAUGAGAGCAGCCAUGAGUCUCAGUUUAGCUUUGCUCGAGUUUGGGCAAAUGACAACCAGAACCUUGAGGAUCAACUGCAAAAUGUAGAGGAGGAACCUGCGCCAAGUGCCGAUGUUUGGGAAAAGAUCCUACGAGAGCGAGAACAGGCGGCCGCCGAGGAGGCCAGGCGGAAGGCAGAAACCCUUGGUCGUGGAAAGCGCAAACGGACUGCUGUUGACUAUGCCAACGAUGCGUUGAUGGAGCUAUCCCCUGUCAAAGACCGACCGGAUCGCGAGAUGGAGAGUGACGUAGAGUUCAGAGCAGAAGAGGCGGCGGAAUCAGAGUCGGAUUCUGCGCCCGAUCUAGACCCCAACGAGAUGGAUCAGGUGGCUAAGAGGUCUAAAGUCCGGCAGUUUCAACGCGUGCCCCCGCAGAGCCUGCCUCCGCCGAUGGAUGGCAGCGUUGAGCCCAGUGGCUAUCAAGGGCCAGCCUGCAUCGUAUGUAAGCAGGCCCACCCGAUCGGACAUUGCCGCCUAAAAAUGGCUGGCGUCGAACACUGUCCGUUGUGCGGGCUCGCCCAUUAUGGGUAUUCGCGCACAUGUCCCCAUCUGCGAUCGGAAGACCAAGUCAGCCGAAUGCUGCUCGCGGUGAAGCAGAGCACGGAGGACCCUGAAAUCGUCCAGCUCGCGAAGCGGUACUUGAGUGGGGUCCGAGGUGACCUUGCACAGCGUAAGAGAAUACUGGCCAGUAAGGCUGUGUCAAGUCUCACAAAUCACGGCACACCCACCACCGGUCGAGCUCCUGCUAAUGCCAUUGGAACGGAAUCCCCCGUGGUUGAUCUCACAACGGAUGAUGGCCCGCAGCCGAAUUUCCAACAACAACCACAACAACCCCCAUUGUCUGGGCCCCUGGCUCCCCUAGGUCCCCCUCAGCCCCUUCAGCCUCCUCCAUUUGAGAAUUGGCCUAGCCACGGUUAUUGA